CUUGAGAUUCCUUUGAGCCGCCAACAAGGCAAAACUCCCAUCUGUCAAAUGCAAAAAAAAAAGGGGGGGGAGCAGAGAUCUGUCCUGGCAAGGGUUAAAAAUGCAAUGAACUCGAUUCCUAGAGAGGAAAGGGAUUUGGGGACGAGGUCUUUGCCAAAGCGCCUCCUUCCGAAGCGCCUUCCUGCCUGCCUGCCUGCCUCUCCCUCCCCAGGGUGGCCUUGACUCGCCUUUGCCGCUGCGUCGAGGCGCCUCCUGCCAUCCGGUGAGCUCCCCCUUUUGCGCAUGGGGAGGGGGCAAAGGGGUGUCCCGGGGGUGGGAUCGAGACAAAGGGAGGGGGCCCGGGAGGGGGCCUGCAGCCGAUCCGCCCGGGAUCUGUCACAAAACGCCACCCGAUCUGGGGAGGGAGGGGGAGAUCCUUUCUCUGCCUUCCUGCGCGCAAAAGCGCAAAGCUAGCAGGCCAUCCGGGAGGCGAAGCCUCCUUUGUGCUCCGGAGAGAGAGAGAGAAUGGAUGGAUGCUCCCCCCACAUUUUGGCCUGCGAAUCCAGGCAGGAGCAGCCCCUCCGAUGAAAAUAGGGACGUCCUAUUCUAUUAUUAUUAAUAUUAUUAUUAUUAAUUACACCCCGCCCAUCUGACUGCGUUACCCCAGCCACUCUGGGCGGCCUCCAACAUAUAGAUAGAUAGAUAGAUAGAUAGAUAGAUAGAUAGAUAGAUAGAUAUAAAAUAUAAAAAUAUUUUAUAAUAACAAAACAUUAAACUUUUUUUUAAAAUUCCCUAUACAGGGAUGUCUUCUAAAGGUUAUAUAGUUACUUAUUUCCUUGGCUCGGGGGUCACAUAACUCCACACCCACCAACAUUUCUCUGAUGAUAAUAGGGGCAUCCUAUUCAAUAAUUUUUAUUUUAUUUUAUUUUUAUACCUCACCCAUCUGACUGCGAUGCCCCAGCCACUCUGACCGGCUUCCAACAUACAACAAAAAAUAUAUUAAAAUGUUUUAUAAUAAUAAAACAUUAAACAUUUUUUAAAACUUCCCUGUACUUGCCUUCAGAUGUCUUCUAAAGGUUGUAUAGUUACAUAUCUCCUUGGCUCGGGGGUUGCAAAGUUACUUCUCUCCUCAGCUUGGGGGUUGGAUAACUCCAACAUUUCUCCAAUGGAAAUAGGGACAUCCUAAGGAAAAGCGGGACAUUCUGGGAUCAAAUCAGAAACCUUGAAGGCUUCUGCAAAUUCUGGACCGUCCCUGGAUAAUAGGGUCCCUUGGAGGGUCUGCAAAAGGAGGGGAUCUUUGCAGACAAAUCAAAACCAGCAGCUUUUUUUUCAUCUAAAGCAGUGGCUCUCAAAGCUGCCAGAAUCCAAAUUUGUUUGAGGCUUUCUUUCUCUUUUUUCUUGACACUCUCUUUUAUUUUAAUUGUUUUUAUUAACUAUUUCCUUGGGUUGCAGAAGUACAUACACCGUCUCUAUUUUCAGAUCAUAAAGUCCUUUCUACAGAUCAGUUAUAUUCGAUGUGGGCCUUUAAUGUAUUUUUUAUUUUUAUUUUUAAAAAUGCUUUUAUUUUUGCUUGUUUCUAGUUGAAAUAGCAACAGAGAGACUGUUCCAUCUUUAAGAAACAGAGUCAUUUGGUAAGUACCCUUUGAUUCCAGUACCUGGUGCUUUUUUUCUGGAAAAAAGUGGGGGGACUUGGUUGUUUGUUUGUUUGUUUGUUUGUUUAUUGUGGGCCCAGUCGCAGUGCUGCCACCCCCCACCCCCCAGUGACUAAAUGUAAAAUGUGAUUAAUAAACUCAAGCAGGCAAGGAUGUGGUGACAGCUUUAUUGAUUACAGAUAUAGGUGGAUUUGGGGCUCAGGUAUUUGGGUGUAUAUCCGUUCCAGCACCCCCAGACAAAAGAUAAUAAUUAUUUAAUUUUCGAAAGGUAAGGGAACUGAGUUCCCCCACGUUCCUGCUAAAAAACAAACAAACUCUGAGUAAUUUCAUAAGCACCCUUUGAUUUCAGUGCCCCCUUCCCCAAAUCAGUGUCCGUGACAAUGCAUUGGUAUCCCAGAUCUUCCCUGUGUGGAUGAGGUUGUCACAACGCAAAAGGUUUUAAUUGUGUGGUUCUCAAAGUGUGUGGCAGGACAGGAUGCCAAGUGGAGGAUGGCAAGAUAUCAAGAAUCAUCAAAUAAACAUUUUAACAUUUCUUCUUCUUUUUUGAAUAACAAAUUUUAUUAGUAUUUUCCACACAACAAGAACAACAACAUGAAAAAUAUUGAAAAAUAACAAUACACAAAACACAAAAACCAGCAUACAGUAGUACCUCGAGUUACAGACGGUUACAGGUUACAUACGGUUCAGGUUACAGACUCCGCUAACCCAGAAAUAGUACCUCAGGUUAAGAACCUUGCUUCAGGAUGAGAAUAGAAAUCGUGCUCCGGUGGCGCAGCGGCAGCAGGAGGCCCAUUAGCUAAAGUGGUACCUCAGGUUAAGAACAGUUUCAGGUUAAGAACAGACCUCCAGAACGAAUUAAGUUCUUAACCUGAGGUACCACUGUACAAAAAAAACCAAAUCCAUAUCUUACAAGUUAAUAAUAUAAACACUAAAAAGAAAAACAAACAUUGACUUCCACUAAUCCCACAGCACCUCCUUUACCUCUCAUUAUGUCUUCCUGUUUUCCUUAUCUCUAUCCUAGCAUCUAGAUAUAUAUCCCUCUUUCUUAUCCUUUCACUUCACAAGGUUAUUCCAGACUCAGCCAGAUUUCUGUCCUCGAACCUUGGCUUUUAAGGUAUUCGUUUAGGCACUCCCAUUCCUUCUUCACUUCACCUUUUGGUUUUUGUCUCAUUAUAUCUGUCAAUUUGGCUAAUUAUAAAAAUUCUGAAAGCUUACAUAACCAUUCUCCCCUAGUGGGUAACUGGUUCUCUUUCCAAUACUUAGCCACCAGGAGUCUUGCUGCAGAUGUCGCGUAUAAGAAAAAAAUAGUUUUGUCUUUUGGAAUAUCAUUGAAAUUUUGCAGAAUGGUCCACAAAGAAAUAAAGAAAAUACUAAUAAUAUCAUAUAGUAAAAGGCCAGAGGCAAUCCUUUUAGGAAUUUUAAACAUUUUAACAUUUCAGUGUGGCAUAGUACAGUGUCGAAAUGAUUUGUUUGCAGAAUAUGGAUGGAAAUCUUUUUGAAGUCUUUAAAUGUAACAGAGAAACUUUCUGCAGUACAUAAAUAUAUAAUGCAGCAGAAAAGGUUUAAGUGGGGAAAAACAUCGGAGGUGAAGAUGGGAAGUCAAUUUAUGAAACAAUGUACUGUAUUUUUCGCUCUAUAAGACACACUUUUUCCCUCCUAAAAAGUUAGGGGAAAUGUGUGUGUGUCUUAUGGAGUGAAUGCAGGCUGUGCGGCUAUCCCAGAAACCAGAACAGCAAGAGGGAGGGCUGCGCAGAGCUCCUUCUUGCUGUUCUAGCUUCUGGCUUAGCCACGGGAAGCCGGCACAGGGAGCCUUCAUCCUGCUGCCCUGCGGAGGCUUCGCAGGGCUAUCCCAAAGCCAGAACAGCUAGAGGGAGGGCUGUUCUUGCGGGGGGGGGGAAGGGACAGAGCUGCGCGCUCUGUCACUUCCCCCACCUCCCACAAAAGCCAGGGAUAGCCACACUCCCUUUAAAGAGCCACGCGGAGUGUGUGUGUGGCUCUUGGGGGAAAGCCUGCAAGCGCCGCACACACGCUUCACGCGGCUCGUGAAAGGGAGCGCUUUGCAGAGCCUGGGAUGCAUACAGGCUCUGCUCAGAGCUCCCUUUAAAGAAUAUUUUUUUUCUUGCAUUCCCACUCUAAAAGCUAGGUGUGCCUUAUGGUCAGGUGCGUCUUAUGGAGUGAAAAAUACGGUAAUCAUUUGAGAUGCAGAUUAUUGUGAAAAUGUUUGGAAAAUUUAAUACAAAAUUAUACACCAAACAGAAAGAAAGAAAUCUUGCCGAAACCAAGUACUACAUCGUGGCUGAGCGGGGGUUCGAACCCGGGUCUCCCGGCUCCUAGUCCAACAUUCUAACCGCUACACCACACCGGUUCUCUUUGCAGCAUUGUUGCUUAUGCCCAUUGGAAUGGGAGGGAACUGGGAAGAGAAAGGUGUGAGAAGGUUCAGGGAGGCUGGAGAGGAUAUAUUGUUUAUUAAUAUCCCUCCUAACUUGUGCUAGCAAGUUCUAUAACUUAGCAGAGUUUACAUUCCCCUUUAAACGCACAGCAGGUAGCUGGUUGCAGGCUUGUUUAAGCAUCUUGGGUGGCGCUGUGGGUUAAACCACAGAGCCCAGGACUUGCCGAUCAGAAGGUCGUGGUUCAAAUCACCGCAACAGGGUGAGCUCCCAUUGCUCGGUCCCUGCUCCUGCCAACCUAGCAGUUUGAAAGCACGUCAAAAUGCAAGUAGAUAAAUAGGUACCGCUCCGGCAGGAAGGUAAACGGCGUUUCCGUGCGCUGCUCUGGUUCGCCAUGCUGGCCACAUGACCCGGAAGCUGUACGCUGGCUCCCUCAGCCAGUAAAGCCAGAUGAGUGCCGCAACCCCAGAGUCGUAUCUUUAAGUCCCCUUAUUAUCCCUCUUAAAAGAAUAAACACUCCACAAUCUUGUGUAAAGUAUAUCAAAGAAGUUUACAAACGAAUCAUCGUUUCACAGUUGGAUCCCUGAAGGCAGACUUAGUUACAAAGUAUAUAUAUGUGGAUCUAUCCCAUAUGCCAGGGUGUCCAGAUUUGAUGAAGUGAAUAUGCAUGAGGGCCGACCAAAGUUGUUGACCUUUUUUAGGAUUUUACCGCAGGAAAUAAACUGCCACGGGGGCCGGAUUAGGCCCUCAAAACAGACUUUGGACAUGCCUGCCGUAUGGGGAUAAUCCCAGUGUCCUCUGUUGGCUAAAGGCCAAAAGAGCAUUGCUAGCUAAAAAGCUGGUCCAAUGGAAUAAGUCAAAGAGAGGAAAUGUGCUGCGUGCCUUGCCCUUUUGUUACCUGGGCAGGUAAGGCCACACCCACCUCUAGUCACAUGCCAAAGGAAGUAUGUCCCAGUAAGAAGGAAAAAGGAAAUUUUCGACUGACUGGACCAAACAUUCCCUUGCAUGUCCACUCUAGGAAAACAAGGAAUGUUGUACUUGACUGCUACUUAUGUAUCCCACCCAACAAAAGGUCUGUUCUGGCUAUCCCGGUAUAGACCGAGUGCCAUCAAGUGUCAGAAACAGUGCAGGCUAGGGAGCUACAGGAGCCCAUCAUCAUCAUCCUCCUCCUCAUCAUCAUCAUCAUUUAUUAUUUAUACCCCGCCCAUCUGGCUGGGUUUCCCCAGCCACUCUGGGUGGCUUCCAACAGAAUAUUAAAAUACAAUAACCUAUUAAACAUUAAAAGCUUCCCUAAACAGGGCUGCCUUCAGAUGUCUUCUAAUAGUCUGGUAGUUGUUUAUCUCUUUGACAUCUGGUGGGAGGGCAUUCCACAGGGCGGGUGCCACUACCGAGAAGGCCCUCUGCCUGAUUCCCUGUAACUUGGCUUCUCGCGGCGAGGGAACCACCAGAAGGCCCUCGGAGCUGGAUCUCAGUGUCCAGGCUGGACGAUGGGGGUAGAGACGCUCCUUCAGGUAUACUGGACUGAGGCUGUUUAGGGCUUUAAAGGUCAGCACCAACACUUUAAAUUGUGCUUGGAAAUGUCUUGGGAGCCAGUGUAGGUCUAUCAAGACCGGUGUUAUGUGGUCUUGGCUGCCGCUCCCAGUCACCAGUCUAGCUGCUGCAUUCUGGAUUAGUUGUAGUUUCCGGGUCACCUUCAAAGGUAGCCCCACAUAGAGUGCAUUGUAGUAGUCCAAGAGGGAGAUAACUAGAGCAUGCACCACUCUGGCGAGACAGUCUCCGGGCAGGUAGGGUCUCAUCCUGCAUACCAGAUGGAGCUGGUAAACAGCUGCCCUGGACACAGAAUUGACCUGCGCCUCCAUGGACAGCUGUGAGUCCAAAAUGACUCCCAGUCUGCGCACCUGGUCCUUCAGGGGCACAGUUACCCCAUUCAGGACCAGGGAGACUCAGACCUCCUUGGAGCACCUCAUUUCGGUUUUUUCCGGGCGCUGCUUCCUGCUGGGAGUACUUCUGCGCAUCCAAACUUUUGUUGGAUUGGGGGAAGGGGGAGUUUGGCAUUUUCAGGGUUAAAGCAGAGCUUGACAAGCCCAGGUAGGUAGCAGCCCUAGUUAGAGACUGAAUAGGAAUGUAGAUGGAUGGAGAUGUGUUAUGUUAUCCAUAGGAUGUAGACAAAGAAAGGAAAACAAGAUAGACAAGGCCAGGGGCCCAGUUAGUGAAAUAACAGGCAGGCUUAUUGAAAAUGGGUGUUGGUAGCUGUGAAAACAAUGCAGCUUCCAUAGACAGAAGGAUUAUAGCGGAUCUCAGAUGCAGGGAAAAAAUUAUUUCAGGUUGAAUAAUGGGGGGGGGGGGGACCAAUUACAAUCCUAUCUGGGAUACGGCAACGUCUGAGCAUCUCGCCAGACCCAAAUCGAGAUAUUGUGCCAACUGCUCAAUAUUCUCAGUAAAGUAAUAUGUUUGAAUCUUGAAUGCUGGAUAGGUGCUUAAUCGUUUUUGUAUUUGUUUUAAAAAACACACACCAAAAAUUGUCUUUUAAAAAACCAACCCAUGACUAAUCGAAGGGGAAAGUAGGUUUUUAUCAUUAACAUAGGUUUGACGCCUGUGUGGAUCCAAUAAUAGACUUUUGAUUGUUUAUUCACAUCCCUCUUGACCUCGUGUGUUCGUUGUAUCUCCCUUGUGGUGGGCUACAGCUUCGAACAAUAAAGUUUUGUUUAUCCACUCAGACCGCUGAUACAACUUUUUCUUAUUUGGAUGUGUUUCAAUUUGCCUCUGAGACACAGGCAUGAGCUUCCCUUUUCCUCUCGCAGGCAAUGGAGCUCGCAAGUCGUGGCAAGCUAUCUCUUUCCGGAAAUGACCUUCCCUGAGCCCAAACAGUUCUCUCUCCUUGAGAACGCCACUCAAGAAGGUUUCAUUAAAUUACGAGAAUGAUCAGCAAUUAGCCUUUUUUAUGUAGCUGGCUGAUAAUCUGAUCUACAAGGAUGAACUGUUUUCCUUUCCUCCCCAGUGUCCUUUGAGGACGUAGCUGUGCUUUUCGCAGAAGGGGAAUUGGCUUUGCUGGAUCCUGACCAGAGAUCUCUGAAUCGGGGAGUCAUGGAAGAGAUCUAUGGGACUGCGGCCUCUCAGGGUAAGCAAGCAACCCGUUUAGAUCAAAGUACCUAUUUUUGAAAUUUCUGUAUGUUAUUAGCUCAGGGGUUCUUAAUCCACUGCAGUUAAGUUUGAAUGGGCAGCUAUCUAUUGUGUUCUCUCUUAAUAUACCCCCUCCAGUUGACCUGACUGGUCUGAAUAGGCCAGGCCUUUUGAAAGGCAAGUUUCUGAUUUGUUUGGUGGGUGAAACAAGUAAUUUUCAAUGAAUAUUAAUUGGAAAAUACGUCUUGUGUAGUAAUUUUUUGAAAUCUGUAAAUACAUUUUUAAAAAAGUUUUUAAGGAUUGUAGGUUUGCCAUAUUUCAAAAAGUUGUUGACCUUUUCUUGCUAAAUCUCCAAAUAAAUUGAAGUUUUUGAGCUUUAAAAAAGUAAAUUCACCCAAAAAUCUUCACUUCCAACAUGGUUUGCCAUACAUCUGGGUUUCCCUGGUCAUUUCAGCGAUUUCCAGAUAUUCGACCUGGAAGCUAGUUUCUUUUUUUAAAAAAAAGUUUUUAUUUAUACUUUUCAAAUUUAUACAUUUCAGAGUUUGACUUCCUUCCCCUCUUUCUCCUGUUCCUUAAAUUUAUUUUUAAUAUCUUUGCAUAUCCAAAUUCAUUUAAUUUGCUCAUUUAAUUAUCUACUUUCAAUAUUUACUCUUAUGAAACAGCAGGUUAUUACAAUAAUCCUGCCAGUGUUUUUUAUCUGUUUGCAAUUUAUCUGUAAAUAUUCAAUAAACCUUUUCCAUUUUUUUAUUAAAAGUUUGUUAUCUUGAUUUCUUAUUCUUCCGGUAAGUUUUGACAUUUCUGCAUAUUCCAUAAGUUUUUUGUAUCCAUUUUUCCUUUGUUGGAACUUCUGCUUCAUUCCAUUUUGGGGCAAGUAACAUUCUCGCUGCUUUAGUCGCAUACAUAAAUAAAUUUCUAUACAAUUUAGGUCAGGCACCCUCAAACUCAGCCCUCCAGACGUUUUGGAACUACAAUUCCCAUCAUCCCUGACCACUGGUCCUGUUAGCUAGGGAUGAUGGGAGUUGUAGUCCCAUCUGGAGGGCUGAAUUUGGGGAUGCCUGAUUUAGGUAGUUCUGUCCCUAUAAUUCCCAAAAGAAAAGCUUCUGGGUUGUUGUUUUUUAAAUAAAAGUUAUUUUGAACAUCCUUUUCAAUUCCUUAUAUAUCAUUUCCCAGUAAGCUUCAACCUUGCUACUACGUCAGUGAUUUGAGGCUCUAUUUCUUCCUCAGGCUCUUAUCAGUUUCUCUCUUCAUUGCAGAAGGUGAUCUAUCUGAAACAGAGAAUAAUGGAGAACAAGAUGUGACAGAGACAGAGGGAAAAGGCAGCUGUACUGGAGAGAAACCAUAUCAAUACAUGGAAUGUGAGAAGAACUUUGGAGAAAACUCCACCAUCUCUUCUCAUCAGGAAAUUCACCCGGAGGAUGAACCAUACCGGUCUUUUGAAUGUGGAAGGGACUUUGGAGACGAUAGCCUUUCUCCUCCUCCUCCUCCGAUAAUUCCCACGAAGGAAAAACCUUACAACUGCAAGGAAUGUGGAAAGAGCUUCUCUCGGAAGUUACGUCUAACUAAUCAUCAGAGAAUUCAUACAGGGGAGAAGCCGUUUCAAUGCCUGGAGUGCGGCAAGUGUUUCAUACACAACUGCAGCCUGUCGUACCACAAGAGGAUCCACACCGGGGAGAAACCCUACAAAUGCCUGGAGUGUGAGAAAAGCUUCACUCGGAAGAUCAUUCUCACUAAUCAUCAGAGAGUUCACACCGGCGAGAAGCCGUACAAAUGUUUUGAGUGCGGAAAGAGUUUCACUCGGAAGGUGAUCCUGGCAAACCACCAGACGAUUCACUCCGGGGAGAAACCGUACAAAUGCUUGGAAUGCGGGAAGAGCUUCACUCUGAAGGUGCACCUUACCGCACAUGAAAGAAUCCACACAGGGGAGAAACCGUAUAAAUGCCUGGAGUGUGGAAAGAGCUUCAGUCGGAACUCCAACCUCGCUUACCACCGGAGAGUCCACACAGGGGAGAAACCCUAUAAAUGCCUGGAGUGCGGAAAGGGCUUCAGAAACAGCACGAACCUGACUUACCAUCAGGAAAUCCACACCGGGGAUAAGCCGUAUAAGUGUUUGGAGUGCGGAAAGUGCGUCAGACGGGCGGCGGACCUCGUCAACCAUAAGAAAAUCCACACCCAGGAGAAACCCCAUAUGUGCUUGCACUGCGGGAAGUGCUUCACUCUGAAGAAUUACCUCAGACGUCAUCAGAGAAUCCACACGGGAGAGAAACGGUACAAAUGCUUUGAGUGCGGGAAAUGCUUCACGGAGAAGACCACGCUCACGAAACACCACCGAACUCACACAGGGGAGAAACCGUACGAAUGCAUGGAGUGUGGGAAAACCUUCACGCAGAGCUACUCUCUCAGUCUCCAUCAGAGAAGUCACACCUCCAUGUUUGGAGUGUGGGAACAGCUUUCUUCGCAGCUCCAGCCUUUGUUCCCACCACAGAAUCCGUACAGCGGAGAACCGAUAUAGAUGCUUGGAAAUAGCUUCAAGAAAAGUCUCGCUUUCCCAUCAAAUACUUCCCGGAGCAGAGAAACCAUAGAAAUGGUAGCAGAGACCUUACGAAGAAGCAGAAACUUCAGUAAUCAAAGGAUAGACAGUUGGGGGUUGAGAUUAUAUUAAAGCUUUGGAGUGCGGGAAAAGCUUGGGUAAGAAUUCUCAAAGGGUAGGAUCCAUAUAAAGGCCAGAAAAAUUGAAAUCCUUCCACCGCAUUCAUCUUCCCAACUCCCCCUCAGCCACCAGAAAAUUCAUGUAGCUAUGAGAUUUUGACUAUCGGUGCUUUGAAGCUGCAAAGAGCUUCAGAAAGUUUCAGCCUUACCUGGCGUUAAAAGAGUUCUUGCAGGGAGGAAACCAUAUAAACGCAUGUGAAAACGAGGACUUUGAUUUGCAAGAUGUCGGUGACCAAACGGGAUCCAAGAAGCUAAAACAACCCACCUGGAAAGUUUUAUUUUAAAUACAUUCAGCAGAAGAACAAUAGGUGUAGUUUUGUUUAUGAACCAUGGAAGUAUAGAAAGGGAGAGCAACUGCAAACUAUAUAUAAUUGAUUUUUGGGGAAGGGAAAGAUAAAAGGAACUGUGGGUAAAAUAAAACACGAUGAAUAAAAAGGGAAAGCGAAGACUGAAAUAAACUGUAUUAAGAUAACCUGGUGAAGCGGCUGUUACAUGGAAAAUUAAAAUUGACUGUGACUUCACGGGCGUCACCUAAACUCCCAACGGCCCUCUCUUUAAAGCUUAUGUAACUGCCCUAGCUACAUACCCCCUUAGUUUAAAAGAAGAAUAUCGCUAGUAUCUAGAAUGCGAUUCCGUGGGGAAGGGCUCUGGCGGUUUUAGAUGCUGAUAGUAGAUAUAGAAAUAGAAUAAGGAAACUGUAUAUAAUCGAAAGGUUUGAGAACUGAAUCCCCCGCCUCAGAGGCCAUCUUGUGGGCAGGGGACAGUCUGGUCUUAUUUUUCCUGGUGGAGUUUGGAGAGGUCGGCGUGCGAAUAUCCCAGCAUUUCCCCAAAGAUCAAAUGGGGGAGCAAAAUCUGUGGGAAUGUGAAUUUUGGGAGGCCUCUCCACCUUAUGCUUAGGCUGCAUAUAUAUGUAAAUAAAACCGUAUAUCCGAAACACAGCACUGUCCCCAAUUAGUCUUAAUGCUCUUACACAUUUUAAAAAUGUCUUAAAUAAUCCUUUUCUAAUGUAGACGGAGAAUCGGAUGUCUUCCCCCUUUAUCUUUGGUGUUUCUUUAUAGCAUGGGUAGGCAUACUAAUGCCCAGGGGCUGGAUCCGGCCCAGUCGCCUUCUAAAUCCAGCCCACAGACGGUCCGGGAAUCUGUGUGUUUUUCCAUGAGUAAAAUGUUUCCUUUUAUUUAAAAUGCAUCUCUGGGUUAUUUGUGGGGCAGAGGAAUUUGUUCAUUAUUAUUUUUCAAAAUAUAAUCCGGCCCCCCACAAGGUCUGAGGGACAGUGGACCGGCCCCCUGCUGAAAAAGUUUGCUGACCCCUGCUUAUAGCUUUGUUCUUGUCCCUCCCUCUUUUUUUCCCUUUCCCUCUUUCCUCUCUUAUAUUCCCGAUUCUGCUUGCUCUAGAUAUUAUUUUAUUGUAUUGUGAAAACUUUAAUAAAAAUCCAUUUUAGAAACUUAA